CGACUUUUAAUCAUAACCACUGAAACUCCAAAUUUGUCAACAUUUCAAUUUGUAAAUUGCUUUAUCUAAUAUGCUGAAUUAGGCCUAUAUGUCUGAAAGCAAAAUUAAACCGUGUUGGUAAGAAUGCGUCUUCAAUAGUCCAGAUAAUGGUUAUGUUAGUCAAAACAUAUUGCAAUACGAAAUACGCAUACGAAGCUGGUUACUCACACGGAUUCUUUUACACAUUUACAGAUUCCUAUACACAGCUGCAAAUCUCAGUACUCAUUUACAAAUUCUUUUACACAUUUACAAAUCUGAUUAUGCACACACGGAUUGAAAUCACACUCUCCAUACACAUGUGCAAAUAAUUUUGCGGCAAUAACAGCGCCAUAAAAGUAGCUCUUACACGAAACCUACCGCCUGUAGUUAGAAAACGUUACAAAAUAUUUACCACUAGAAACACAUAUGAAUCGAGAAAUCACUAACUGUAUAUUGCGUCAUCAACGAGGGACACUGGUCCUUUUUCCAUACAGGCUGAAUGGCGCAGAUAUAACACGCGUACGAGCCACGUGGUUUGUGAAAGUGACUUUUGUGAACAAAUUCAGAUUAUCUAAUAUUGAUGUAAUGUUCCUUUAUGGAAUAUGGCAUCCGAUGCAAAAAGACUGAAGAGAGAUAGCAGCCAGACUAUAGAUAAUUCUGUAGAUCUACCACUGAGGAACUUCCUCUCCUGGUGUGAAACAGUGGGGCUAACCCUGAGCGAUAAGGUCUAUUUAAGUAAGGAAGGCACUGUGGCUGAGUAUGGCAUGCUGGCGAAGGAUGACAUCGAGGAAGGAGAGACCCUCUUCCUCAUUCCCAGGAGAGCUGUUUUGUCUCAGAGCACCACGAAAGUCAGAAAUGUGUUAGAGGAAGGUAAAGACUCCCUGGAAAGCAGUUCUGGUUGGGUGCCCCUCCUACUGGCUCUGAUGUUGGAGUAUACAACCCCCGAGUCCCACUGGAGAUCAUACCUAGCUCUUUGGUCUGAUUUUAAGAUGCUGGACCAUCCCAUGUUCUGGUCAAAGGCUGAGAGGGACAGCCUGCUUCAGGGAACAGGGGUUCCAGAGGCGGUGGACACCGACCUCGCCAACAUCCAGAAUGAGUAUGCCGACAUCGUCCUGCCCUUCAUCCGCUCGCACCCUGAUCUUUGGAAUCCAGAGACGCACAGUUUUGAGCUCUACAAGAGCCUGGUGGCUUUUGUCAUGGCCUACAGUUUUCAGGAGCCUGUGGAGGACGACGAAGAUGAUGAAGCUGAUCCUAACCCUCCCAUGAUGGUCCCAAUGGCUGACAUGCUGAACCAUAUAUCCAACUACAACACCAACCUGGAAUACACACCUGAGGCCUUGAGGAUGGUGUCAUUGCGCUGCAUCAGGGCAGGAGAGGAGAUUUUCAACACCUAUGGACAGAUGGCCAACUGGCAACUCCUGCAUAUGUAUGGAUUCAUUGAGCCAUAUCCCAGCAACACAAAUGACACAGCAGACAUACAGAUGACCAGUGUCUACAAGGCAGCUCUGCAAGGGAGCCAGAGUGAAUCUGAAAAGCGCUUACUGGUGGAGAAGUGGGAGCUCCUGUGCGAGAUGGAGAUGGUGGGAGACAAGGGCGUGUUCAUCUUCAGUAAAACGGUCUCACUCACUGACACGGAGCUCUAUGCUACGCUGAAGAUCCUUUGCCUGUCCGCUGAGGAGUUUGAAGAGCUCAGAGCGAACGAGGCCUGGGAGGAGAUAGAAGACGAGCAAGAAAAGAUGGUGCAGGCGUUCUCCGCAGAGGGUAUCUCCAAACUCAAGCCCGCCUGGAAGCAGCUGCUCUAUGGUGCCACUCGCAUCACCUUAGACUCGUUUGCUGGGGACCUGGAGGCUGACAAAGCGGUCAUGGACGAUGAGAGGGCUUACGGCCAACUGAGCUGCAGGCAGAAGUGUGCGCUACAGGUGCGCUAUGGACAGAAGGUGAUCCUGCACCAGCUUCUGCAAAUGACACAGACCUGAACUUCUGCUUUAUGUCAUAACCUUCAUGAGAGAUUAAACCUCAUCUGAAACAACCA